AUAGUUUCAUCUGGUUGAUUUUAGUUAAACUUCGGAAAAAAAUGCGGCAAUAAUUAGAUUUUAAAGAACCAAAUUUUAGAUGUUUGCACUAAAUUUUUCGUUUUUGUUUGUAGCUCAUGUAAUUAUUUUAAAAUAAAUUCUUAAUUCUACACUAGAUUUAUGCCUAUAAUCGGUCAAAUUUGUAGUCGGGUAUGCAUAGGAUGUCGUCACUUGCAGUGUGUGUUUUUAUUUGCGUGUCUUGCAAUUUUAUAUGCUAUAAGAGCUAGUUUAUCGGUAGCCAUAGUACCUAUGACGGAUAAGGGACGGAGUAAUCAAGAGGUAUUUAAUUGGAGCGAAAGUGUCAAGGCGAACGUACUAGGAGCCUUUUUCUGGGGCUACAUGUUAUCACAAAUUCCUGGCGGAUACCUGGCUGAAAAGUACGGAGCGAAAUAUGUGUUGCUGCUUGCGACAGUGAUCUGUUCCUUACUAUCUCUUAUAACGCCGAUCGGGACACAUUUAGGCGACUGGUAUCUAUUGUUCGCUAUUAGAAUAGUUAUUGGUUUAUGUCAAGGAGUAACGUUCCCCGCAUGUCAUGUAAUCAUAUCAAAAUGGGCGCCACUCGAUGAGCGUGGGGUCCUUGCUACCAUUGCAUAUUCGGGCACAUCGCUUGGUGUAGUCGGAAUGAUGAGCACAAGCGGCCAAAUAACUGAGUCUUUGGGAUGGCCCAAUAUAUUUCACAUAUGGGGAGGCGUGGGACUAUGUUGGUGCGUUAUUUGGUUCAUUUUCGGAGGUAGCACGCCGGCAAAAUGCAAAUUCGUAUCGUUCGCAGAGAAGAAGUAUAUUGAACAAAGCCAAGGGAUGUCGAAUAGUGAGAAGAGACCAAACACUCCGUGGCUGAAGAUGAUGACUUCUGCACCAGCGAUUGCACUGUUUGUUACAGAUAGUACAACACAAUGGGCAAUGACGAUGCUGUUUGUACAAGGACCGCGCUAUACUCGAUAUGUCCACGACCUAUCAAUAAGAGAGAACGCUAUCGCCUCCGCGAUACCACAUUUCACUCUAUUCUGUCUUUGCUUUCUAUGCUGCGUGAUCGCUGAUAUUCUUGAACGAAAGAAAAUUCUUUCCGCCGUAAAGAACCGGAAACUCUUCAAUACGAUAGGUGGGUUGGUGCCUGCAGUGGCCCUAAUUGGAAUGAGUUUCACCAAUCAGGAUCAAAAGUUUGCGGCCAUUUUUCUGCUGACAAUGGCAGUUGGGUGCAGUGCUGGAACAUACGUUGGAUUCCUCAUCAACCAUAUCGACCUAACACCAAACUUUGCCGGAACCCUCAUGGGAGUUUCAAAUGCUUUAUCGAAUGUCUUCGCAAUCGCGUCACAGGCGGUUGUCGGCGGAGUCGUUAAGGAUGCGACUAAUCCAAAACAGUGGCAACUUAUUUUCCUAACUACAAGUGGCAUUUUAGUUUUGGGGUCCAUUGUGUUUUUGUAUUUCGGGAAAGCUGACGUGCAACCAUGGAAUAUUUCUGAAGAAAAUGAAAGGCCAUCAAUUGUCGCCCCUGUGCCAAUGGGAGAUUCAGGCAUAUAUGAAAAGGAAUCUAUUUCUGAGAAUGCAGUGUAGCACCACUGAUGAGAUUAUAUCACAUUUUAGAUAAACGUUUUGUAUAUAAUAAAGUGUCGUUUCCAGAAACCAAAA